AUGACCAAAUUCCGGCCGUGCAUUGACCUUCACUCAGGGCAGGUCAAGCAGAUUGUGGGAGGUACUCUAAGUCAUGUUGCUGAAGACCUGAAGACCAACUAUGUCUCGAAGCUGCCUGCCAGUCACUAUGCCGGACUGUAUCAGAAACAUGAUCUGCGCGGUGGGCACGUGGUGAAACUGGGACCGGGGAAUGAGGAGGCAGCACAGGAAGCCUUGAGGACGUGGCCGAGUGGGCUACAAGUUGCUGGAGGCAUUACAGACAAGAAUUCCCAAUACUGGAUCGACCAGGGAGCGGAGAAGGUGAUCAUCACCUCUUUCCUCUUCCCUGCAGGAAAAUUCUCGCUCGAGCGGCUAGAGUCCGUUCUGUCUGCCCUGGGAGGCGACAGAUCCAAACUAGUUCUGGACCUCAGCUGUCGCAGAAAAAACAACACUUGGUUUGUGGCCAUGGACCGCUGGCAAACCAUUACCGAGAUGGAGAUCAACCAAGCAUCAAUCUCGCUCUUGGAACCAUAUUGCUCCGAGUUCCUGAUCCACGCCGCAGAUGUCGAAGGACUCCAGCAAGGUGUCGACGAGGAGUUGGUGUCACGAUUGGCUGAGUGGUGCUCUAUUCCGGUGACCUAUGCCGGAGGUGCACGGAGUCUCAAAGAUCUUGAGAAGGUGCACGUUAGUAGUCAAGGCAAGGUGGAUUUGACGAUUGGCAGUGCGCUGGAUAUUUUCGGCGGCUCCGGCGUGACCUUCGACGAAUGCAUCGAAUGGAACCGGACACAUUGA